AUGGAUCCGCCCGAGGUCGACACACCAGGCUGCGAAUUCGAGCCGCCGCUCCAUACCAUUACCGCCGAGCAAGCCCGCGCCGAAGCCAGCUUGAUGGCAACCAGCAUCUUCAAGAAUUGGAAGGAACUACAAGACAUUGCCCGGAGGCACGAGCCGAAUAUCCAAAAGCGAUGGACCAAAAGCUCGGUACCCAAACGGAAGGAGAUACUCAUCGACAGUUUUCGGGUUUCUGCCCGCUCUAGCGACACCUCCAACAUGCCACAGACUCACAACCCAGACGUUGCAGCAUGGAGAAAUACUCACGACCUGAACACUUGGAAGAUAAGAAAGACCAUGGUAGACGAAAAUGGGCGAGCCAUCAAUCGCACACCAUUUAUGUGGCCACAUCUGAACCUUGAGGACCUGGCCACGAAGGAGCCACUACUCUUGAUGAUCAACGCUCGAGCUCACAACCCGCCCGAUUCGUUCGCUUCUGCUGAUCUUGCUUCGAUAGGCUUCGGGUCCUCUGUUGGGUCAAUCAGGUUUCACAAACUCGUAGGGUACGUCAUGCACUUCAGAGGCCGCAAGACAGCAGAUGAAUAUGGACAGAUCUUCUGCGCGGCCAGCGACAACUGUCUGAUUGAGGCGCUGGAAACUCGCAAGGUGAACACGGUGGCCGAAGGUCUCUGGAUCCUGGAAAUACAGCAACGGGUCUACACUUUCCUGGUACAAUGUUGUCGCAAAAUCCUACACGACAUACCACAGACAUCACUCCUGGACUCUACUCUCGCCAUUCAACCGCAACCUCCAAUGCCCACAGCGACGAGCACCGGCGGCAUUCAAUCACUGGCUGUUGCUAUACUUGAGUCCCAGUAUAAGCUGCCAGCAACCAUAGACUUCGAUCGAAUGGAACAAGUUGUCGACGCCAAGCUUGAAGCUGCGGAGGAUCAUCUCUGGUCGAUGAGAGAAGAUCCUGGUUACUACGAAAGUGUGGUCCUCGAAUGGGAAGAACAUCAAUUGGAGCAAGUGCAAAUUCAAGAGGAAUGGGGGAAAGCAUACCCAAUUUUCGCCUCGUUUCUCACCUCUAAGAACGACAAAUGGUACCGGGAGGGACUGGUCGCACAGAUCGCUGUUACUGCUAUCAACAUGGCUGAAUAUUGGUACGUGGUUUGGGAGAAGGUAGUCAAACUGCGCAAAGUCCACCGAAUACAUCAAGCCGACGUCUCCCCCGACUCUGAUCUGCCGGCCGACCUAGCCCGCGCGUUUCACGAGCUGUGCUAUCUCCUUGAGAGUCAUGAGAACAUCAUCAAGUGCUGCUGGGAAGAUUGCUGCUUCGGCUGUUGUGUUGUUUGCGGUUACAAGGGUACAUGUAAACCCACAUGCAAAACCACGGAAUCCACACACCCCGACGUAAGCGAGCGAAAGGUUCUCGUUAUUGACAACACACCUUCCAUGCUUCAACAAGGGUUCAUGGCUUCGCCCCCAAUGCGAAAGACCUUUUGUCGCUUUCCCGACCCGGAGGACCCCUUCAAAAGCAGAAUCGACUAUGACCGCGCCCCCAAAGCAGGGGCAAAACGCGAGUUGUGCUGGCUGUUCGAGAUGCUUAUACAGGAAUGGCAGCGACCCAUGGCGUGUCGAAGAACCCUUCUCACCGAGCUGGACAACCUUACUCAAAAAGACGUCGCGACAAGAACCUAUACUUCCUCCUGGGUCGCAGACCAAAUUGCCGAAUUCUCUCUUGUGGCUGACUGCCUUCACCAAAUCAGUCUCUAUCAGCCAUGGGCAAGCAGCUUCAAAUAUGGGAUGGAGCAAGCCUUCGAAGAUCUCCAAGCUGAUUUCAAGAAUACUACCAAGUACAUACGUGACAUACGAUGUGACGUACGAUUGUUAGCUAUGGGUUGUCCAGACAAGAUGUCUUGUGGAGUUCCAACGGAGGGUCGAUUCAGCUACCCAGCUGCCAAGAGACGGACUAAAGAGAAUGUGGAAGCCAUGAUCCUGGCCGAAUUUCACCUCGACAACUUCUGGGACUCUCUCUGGGAGACAUUGAAUGACAUGGGCUGCUUAUUAUCUCCACGACUGAAGGCGGUCUUCGAGCGAGAACGACAACGAACAGCCCCAUGGAUCGAAACCCCCAAGCCACAGCGAAAGCAGAGAGUAGACCAUGAUUAUGCACUCUCGAAGCCAUUUGGUGGAUUGCAUCUAUACGAAACGCUUGAUACCAACAGUAAGGGCGUCAACAAGGCCAUCGAGAAGAUCAAGGCCAAAACAAAGGGGAAGCCCCACCCGGCUUUCGGCAUCCAGGAGUCAACUGAGGAAACCCCCGAGCCGAUCGAAAACCUACAACCGGUGCUCAAGGUAAGCAAGAGGGCGCUGAAAGUCUUCCGUAAGCUGUUCUUUCAGCCUUCUGUCUCAGAUGAGCCUGGAGAGAUUGAGUGGAAAGAGUUCCUGCACGCUAUGGUCUCGGCCGGCUUCACAGCCGUGAAGCUUUACGGCUCGGUAUGGCACUUCCAGCCCCUGGGACUGGACGUAAACCGUAGCAUCCAGUUCCAUGAGCCCCAUGAUCAUGGCAGUAAGAUCACCUACACCGAGGCAAGACGUUUCGGGCGUCGCCUGAGCAGAGCGUAUGGAUGGCAAGGAGACACGUUUCAGCUCGCCGACUGA